AUUUUCUAUUGAACAUUCCAAACAAAACCAUCUAAAAGUGAGGACUGGCGAGCAGCUGCCAUCGUCUUCUUCCCCAAGCCAGCCUGAAAAUUUGCCAGUAAACGCAGAAAACCUCCUAUGGUUGAGAGAGAAAAAGGAAAGAAAACAGGGCCCAACAUGAGGAGAGACAUUAAUAAAGCCCAGGGGCCCAAACUUCUGUCUCACGACACUUUCUCUCUCUACACACUGCUCCCCCUUCCACCUUUAAAGCCUUCGCUCCCUUUCCCCCAGAAAGAAACAACCCAUACCCAAAAGCCGGGAAGACUAGAAUCCUUACCUGAACCCUAGCCAUGCCGGAGAUUGUCGCUCCGGCAUUUACCAACGCCAUUGCUCUAUUGCUCGUUUCUUUCCUCCUCCUUCCGGCGCCUACUGCAGCAAUCCUGAUACCGACCGAUUAUCUAGCUCUGCAAUCCAUCCGUAAGUCUCUCUACGACCUCCCGGGCUCUUUUUACUUUGCAUCAUGGGAUUUCACCGCCGAUCCCUGCACCUUUCCCGGAGUUCUAUGCCGCAAUGAUCGCGUUGUCGCCCUCGCUCUUGGCGAUCCACGCGCAGGCUCUCCGGGCCUUUCCGGUCAGCUUUCUCCAGCCCUCGGCCGCCUCCCUGCACUUGCCGAGCUCUCACUGGUUCCCGGCCGUGUUUCCGGCGCCAUUCCGUCGUCCAUUUCUUUAUGCUCCUCGCUUCGUUUCCUUGCUCUGUCACGCAAUAUGCUCUCUGGUACCAUUCCUCCUUCCAUCGCCUCCCUAGCUCACCUCCGCGUCAUCGACAUCGGCUACAACUUCCUCUCCGGCACCAUCCCUCCUCUCCUCACUCGUUUACCCUCUCUCUCAACCCUCAUUCUCUCCGGCAACCGUCUGACCGGCCCCAUCCCUACAUUCGCCCCAAACUCCCCUCUCGUUCGGCUCGAUCUGCAGCGAAAUCGGCUAUCAGGACCCAUUCCCGUUUCGCUUCCCACCUCUCUCCAUUACCUCUCCCUCUCCUUCAACCAGCUAUCCGGCCGCAUAGACCACAUUCUCCCUUCCCUCCGCCGCCUCACAUUCCUCGACCUCAGCUCCAACAGUUUCUCCGGCCCCAUUCCCGGCUCCAUCUUCACUCUCCCAAUCUCUUCUCUUCGUCUCCAGCGAAACUACUUCUCCGGCGAUCUCCACCCUUCCGUCCCCGUCCGUAUCCCAUACAUCGAUCUCAGCUUCAACCGCCUCGGCGGGCGGG